AUGAAGGUCACCGCCGCAGCCAUUGCAAUCACCGGCCUCAUCUCCUCCGCUUCCGCCCAGUACUUCAGCGUCAUCGCCGCCCGCUCCGCAUCACCCAUCCACCUCCGCGAGCUCGCCGCCGACGCCGAGAGCAUCUGGAUCGGCAAGGAGACUUCCGCAUACUGCCCCAAGGAGGUUGUCGGCAAGAAGAACUGCCCAAAGGGCAAGUACACGACUUUUGCCGGCGGCGACAAGUCUCUCAGCAUGGGCACCGUCGUGCCAGGCGGCCAGCAGGUCUACAUCGACCCGAAGUGCGGCUCUGUCAAGUACACCAUCGCCCACUCUGCCGCCAUGCCCGAAGGCGCCAUCCGGCUCGGCUGGUCUCUCGACGAGGGCGAGUCGUUCGGCACUCUCUCCUGGAGACGUGGUCUCCUCGCCUGCCCUGUCGGCGAUGCGGACGACGAGGUGUACAAGAUCCACGCCAAUAUCAAGGGCGUCAAGUUCAGCGACGACUGCCUCGGCUUCAACGCGUUGACCACCAACCAGACCAAGGCGUCUGCUUGGCAGUACACCUAA